AUGCCUUUCAAAAGCAGCUUCUCGGCACUGAAAGCACAGUUGAAGGACUUGCAACAAGAGGGUCAGAGACUCUUCAAUGAACAUUCUCAGCAACAGCCCCCUCCCCAAUCACAGUCAAACUAUCCUGGCCAAGGAUACCAGCAACAGCAGCAGAGUCAGUAUUCCGGGCAGCCACCGCAGCCUUACAAUCAGGGCGGGCUUCAACACCAAUACCAACAACAAGCGCCGCCGCCAGUUCCUCAGAGCACCCGGCCCAACAAUCCUGGACCGGCAGUCUACUGGCAACCUCACUUCGACCCUUCCACUCCCGUGGGUGCCGAGUGGGAGCAUAAGCUGGGGAACAACAACGGCUGGGGAAACAACGAGAAGCAGUUCUAUACGGACGAGGCAGCAAACUCAUUCUACACCCCAAACAAUCUGCUGGUCCUUCGCGCCAUUGCACAACCUAGAAACCCAAAUCCUUCGAGGAAAUUCACCUCGGCACGCCUGGUCUCGCGACAACGCCUGGCUCGUUCGCGCGGCAGCCUGAUCGCGACUCUGACGCUGCCCUGCGCCGGUGGCAUCUGGCCCGCGUUCUGGCUGCUGCCGUUUGAGCCGUUUGCGUGGCCGACGGAUGGCGAGGUCGAUAUUGCCGAGACCUGGAACGGCGACGGCAUCAAUCACUCGUGCUUGCAUUGGGGCUAUUACACGCCCCAGGACAAGAACAAGCACCGCGUGGUCGGCACGUUCGUCCAGGGCAUGCAACAAGGCCGACCGGUGCGCUUCGAGUUCGCGUGGCAACAGGACGAUGCGUCCGGCCAGGGCCGGCUCCUGUGGUGGAUUGACGGCCGCGCUGUCAUGAAGGCUCCGAUCCCGCAGGGGGCGAGACGCAUGGCUGAUUUCGUGGUUCUCUUGAACAUCGCUAUGGGUGGCAAUGUGUGUCAGGGCCAGGAGCCCCGUGAGGGGACCUAUGAUUUCGUCGUGCAUGAAAUGAAGAUGCAGGCAGAGCCAGAGAUGGGCGGGUGGGCCAGAUUUGACAACGACUGGAACCGGGCCAGGGAGGGUGAUAUGAUAUGA